CUUGGUCUGGAGACAGGAGGCAGGGCUGGAAAUAGCACGGAGGCAGGGCAGGGGACGUGCGGAGCGGAGCCAGCCAAGCCAUCCAUUUACUGUCUCUGGGAGCAUGUGGAAGAGAUUUUCCCCUGCCAGGUCUCCACCACAAGCAUCACCAUUAGAGUGCAGGGUGGAGACUGGGAAAACAUGAACGUGGUUGUAUGAAGAGAAGUUUCAGAGACAUUGUCAGAGGAGGAGUGUGGGGCCGAUAGAGCUCAGUUCUGCAUGCAAAGCUGCGGGACACAACAGGCAAUUCCAGCCACAUCAUAUGAGAGCUGAAAACGCUGGCCUUUCAUUAUCACCGCAGAGGAGAGUAACCUACAGUGCCUUACAGGAGAGAGUCUUGGCAGGAAGUCAGUCAUUUGUGGGAAGUUGUGAGUACUCAUGGCAUCGUCAGACCACCAAGGAAACAAGGACCCCACAGACACCUCCCGACCAGAUGGAACGCCGUCCCCUGGUACAUCUUGCCCCGUCCACAGCCACGCUGCUGAAGAAGCAAAGCAGAAUGGCUUGAGGAAAGCCCUGGUCAGACAUCGAGACUACGUCAAAAUCUCAGUGCCUGAAGGAAAGGGCAACCGUUUGCCCUCAGAAUGGUGGAAGACGUUCAUCUCUUUGUUUUAUGCUGUUUUGAACCUGGUUUUGACCACGGUUAUGAUCACAGUGGUUCAUGAGAGAGUACCACCCAAGGAGAGCAGCCCACCUCUGCCGGAUAAGUUCUUUGACUAUAUAGACCGCGUGCAGUGGGCAUUUACAGUGACUGAGGUCAAUGGAAUGGUUCUGGUGUCUAUAUGGUCCGUUCAAUUGCUCUUUCACAGAUACAAGGCUAUUAUAGCAAGACGAUAUUUCUUCCUUCUGGGCACAUUGUACAUGUACAGAUGCAUAACCAUGUACGUCACCACUCUACCCGUGCCUGGCAUGCACAUGGUCUGUGCACCAAAGCUACAAGGAGAUUCCCAGGCCAAGCUGCAGCGUGUUCUGCAGUUGCUCUCCGGCGGUGGAUUAUCAAUCACCGGGUCUCAUCUGUUGUGCGGCGACUUCCUGUACAGCGGCCACACAGUCAUUCUCACGCUCACGUACCUCUUCCUCAAGGAGUAUUCUCCUCGUUCUUUCUGGUGGUACCAUCUUCUGUGUUGGCUAACGGCUGCUGUGGGUGCCGUGUGUAUCCUGGUGGCCCAUGAGCACUACAGUGUGGACGUGGUGGUGGCGUAUUUCAUCACCACCCGACUGUUCUACUGGUAUCACACUAUGGCUAAUCUGCAGACGUUAAAGUGUUCGCCGAACAACUACCUCACUCACACCUGGUGGAACCCCGUUUUUAACUUCUUUGAGAGGAACGUUCAGACCCAUGUGCCUUGUUCUUUCUGCUGGCCGAUCACAUGGCCGCCUGCCUGUCUGAAGAACCCCUGUAAGAAAUAUUCCAUGGUGCAGAGCGGCCGGGAGGAGUGACAUUGUGAAUUCAUCACAAUGCCUUGACCAGCAUGUGGAAAUGUUUUCGAUUUCGCUUGUGGCUAUGUCAGUGUUUACAGCAUACCAGAGACCAAAGACUGUUUGGCUAUUGUUGCUAAUUACAUCUCUUGUAACGUUGGGCCAAACAUAACAAAAAUACUGUAAAACUCAGAUUAUUUGACAAGUCAUUGUUGAUAUUUUUACAUUAAAUUAUAUUCAGUCUGUGUGGCUUUUUAAAUAAACACUUUAGUAAUUAUUUGAAGGGAAUACUGAAAAUGUUAUAGUAGGAUGGGUUUUUGGAAAAUCUCUUGCUUUCCGUCAAAACAGAUCUAUUAGUUUGUGCAUGCUUCUUAGUUGUCAUAUUUUUCCUUGUCUGUUUAUUUAAUUGUCCUCUUAAUAUAUAUUUGUCAUAAAAUGUGUCGUUCAUUAAUUUAAUACACAAUUUUAUAUUAGAAAUGCAUGCAUUCUUUUUCUA